AUGGCCACCCACGGACCUGUGGAGAAAGAACUCGGUGUGGAUGAGCUUGAGCGAGCAGACCCUGACCGCAAAGUCUCCAUCGACCUCUCUGAGAAGAACAAUACAGACCUAGAUGAACGCAUCAAUGCCUUCUCUCCAAAAGAGCAGAAGAGGAUCAUUAGACAUGUCGACCGACGACUUGUCCUCACCCUCGGCUUCCUUUAUUGCGUCUCUCUGAUGGAUCGCACCAACUUGGGUAUUGCUGCCGUCGCGGGUAUGGCCGUCGAUCUUAACUUUGUUGGCUCACGAUACUCUAUUAUCGUGCUCAUCUUCUUCAUUACAUAUGUUCUGCUCCAACCACCUGCGACUGUCGUUCUCCGCAAAAUUGGGCCCAGGCUUUUCUUGCCCACCAUCACCCUCCUCUGGGGUAUCACUAUGAUUGUCUUCGGAUUCAUCAAAAACUGGACCGAUCUCGUCUACCUCCGAUUGAUCUUAGGUAUCUUCGAGGCUGGCUUCUUCCCUGGUUGUGCAUAUCUUCUCAGCUGCUGGUAUCCUCGCUACGAACUACAGAAACGAAAUGCUGUUUUCUACCUGAUCGGAUCUAUGGCCUCAGCCUUCUCAGGUAUUCUCGCCUACGGAUUUUCUCAGCUGAAGAACCAUGGCAGCAUUGCAGGUUGGCGAUGGAUCUUUAUCCUUCAAGGCGUUCUUACUUGUGUAUUGGCUCUCGGCUCCUAUUUCUUGAUUGUGGACUUCCCCGAACUAUCGGUCAACAACUUUGGCCUGAAGUUUCUGAAUCAGAAAGAGGCCGAUUUCAUUGUGGCUCGUAUUGAAAAGGACCGUCAUGAUGUUGCUGUUGAAUCUUUCAAUCUCAAAAAAUACCUCGCAAACUCCUUGGACUUGAAGGUCUGGGGCUUUGCUGCUCUAUUCGGCCUCACCACCACAAACACCUACGCUAUCGCUUACUUCCUCCCUAUAAUCCUGAAUGUCGGCAUGGGGUUCAAUGUAGCCGCGUCCCAGUGUUUGGUGGCUCCUCCUUACGUCCUUGCCUCGAUCGUCAUGUACGCAUUUGCAUGGGCUGGAGAUAAGUAUCAUAUCCGCAGUCCCUUCGUUCUCUUUAACGGCUGCCUCCUCUUGAUUGGCCUUCCACUUCUCGGAUAUGUGCAGAAUGUUGGUGUUCGAUAUUUCGGAGUGUUCCUCGCCACUGCAGCUUGCAACGCGAACGUGCCCUGCGUUUUGACCUGGCAAGCAAAUAACAUCCGUGGCCAAUGGAAACGUGCACUUUGCUCUGCUACCUUGGUCGGAGCUGGUGGUAUCGGUGGAAUUAUUGGCAGCACUGUCUUCCGUGACCAAGACAAACCAGACUAUCACCCUGGAAUUAUCACCUGCAUGAUCUCGAGUGCUUUAAUCAUCGUUAUUACUUUAGUUAUGGACCUCAAGUUCUACCGCGCCAACAAGCGCGCCGAGGCCGGUGGAAAAGUCAUCGAAGGGCUUCACGGAUUCCGAUACACAUACUAA